AAUGACUAUUCUUGAAAGUAAAUUUUACUCAAACAUAAAAAGAAACGGCAAAUCAGACUCGCGGUUAUCGGUGCGCAAUAAUAUUAUUAUUAUUAAUAGUGACAAUAACUACUACUGUCUCAACAGGGAGUAUUUUUCGCAACAUUUUAAUUCGAUAAAGAAAAGGGAAGUAAUAUGUUGAUGUUACAAAGAGUUAUAAAAAAAUUCAAACUGAUUCAAACGUUUGAUGUAUUAAAAAUAAUAUUAAAGAGCUUUCUUGUGAUGAGACAAUAAAUAAUAAUUUACUCGUGAUAACCAACCCGUAUUGGCUCUUAUAAGUUAACGCGUUUCUCGCAAUUGGAAAUCUAAAAGCCUGAGAGAAUAGCCAUUGGUGCAUUUUAAAUAUAAAAUAUGUAAUAAAACGAAACCCGGAAGUAGCCAAAACGGCGUCGUGAAUGUAGUAAAGUUGUAACAUGAGAUACUACUUCCUGCCUCUCUUUCUCUCUCCCCCCCCAAAUUUCUCGUCUAACUAUGUCCACGAUAACGGAGGAAUGAGCACUGUAAUGAGCUCAUACGCACUGUUUGUAAACGCCUCCGUUAAUAGCAAAAUAAUAAUUAAUAGUUUAAUUUAACGUAACAAAGCUAAGUGCCGCACUAAAUUCAGCGUACGGCAUUUUUGUUUUUUUUUUUUUUCGCAAUUUAUUGACUAUUCGUAUAUUAAAUUGCUACUAAUAUAUUAUAUAAAAUAAUAAAUUUUCGGAGAAAAUGAGAACUUUAGAAAAUAUCUAUAUAUACACAUAGGGAGGGCGGUAUUUCUGACCGACAAUAUUUCUGCUCGAUUAUAUUACGUUACACGGAACGGUAGCUUACAGGUUUUAACAAUAGUUCGAAAACUUACGGGCCUUCGAAUAAUAAUUCGAAAGAACGAUACCGUGAGUCUUUACAAUGUUGUUGUUAUCUUCGUGCACUCAGAGCGGUUCUAACUGAUGUAUGUGUUUCAGCCGACAAACAGUUAAUGUUAGUUUGGACCGAGGUGUCUCAGUAAACAGGCGAUAUCGAUGUGAUUAAUAUUAAAUGUGAAACACUGUCAGAUUCCGUGCAAAAGAUGGACAUGUUGCGGCUAGGCUUGAGCCACGAGCAGCAGGACCGGCAUUUGGACGACACACCUUUGCGCGGAGAUCGUCCGAGAUACCGCAGAACCAAUUCCGAGCUGCUGACCGGCAAGAAUUCGACCAGUCCUCACCAGUGGUUCUUAGCAUCCACCCCUUAUCAAGAGGCCAUCAACGAAAGCCCCGAACAGUGUCGCACGCAGGACUUAUCGGAUCUAGACGACGGAAAGACCGUCCGGAUCAGACCGAGUCUGCCAAUAGCGAAAGAAGUUUAUCCUGGAGAUAGAUUCAUACCGCGUCGGCACGGUCACAGUCUCCAAGCGGCAUACCACUUGUUAAAGCAACAACCCGACGAUUGGGAAGAUAAAAGCGAGAUAGACUACUGCAAACAGGUCGAGUUGCUGGAUGUUACGUACCGACGCGAAGCUAUGCGUGCAAUGAUGAUAAGCCAGGAAUGCGUGUCAGGUCUGAAUCAAAAGAGGGUCCUGCAGAUCUUCGUCGAACGUUGUCGAGGGUUGAACGAUUCUGCUGCGCAAGGACGUUCGAGAUCCGAGACGGAGGGAAAGUGGAAGUGCGCGCCGCGUAAGAGGCCUCUGAUAGGAAGCCCGGAGAAGAUGCUGAGCUUGUCCAUUGAUCAGAGUUAUGACGGUCAGCCGAUUGACUGGAGUUGCAUGGACGUAUUCGUGGUGGGCAAUCAGGACGGUUUGACAAUAUACAACAACAAUGGCAAGGUAUUGGAUACAUUGGGUUUGUGGGACGCUACCGCCGUUAAGUGGAGUAACGAUGGUGCUAAAGUAGCAUGUACGUUUCGUAAUUCAAUGCAGCUGAAAUUGUACGAUUCGCAAAAGAAAAAGUUUCUAUGGAGCGUCCCUUGUUACUGUUCCAUUAACAACUACGCAACCUCGUGUAACAAUUGUUGUAUCUGCUGGUCUCACGACAAUCGUCUGAUUGUAACAGCAUGCUCGGAAACACUAUCGGUAUUUCAGUCAAACACGGGCCAAUUGCUGUUGACGAAACAUGUGCAUCUCGCUGACAUCAUCACCUUGAACUUUUCGUCCAAUUUCAAAUAUCUUGUGUCGACCGCACAGGACAAAUGCGUUCGGAUAUACACUUGGCCGAAUUUAACAGAAUGGUACAACAUUAAAUUUUCCAGUUCUAUAAAGGCGGUGGCCUGGCAUCCGGAAAUAUCCGGGCUGCUUUGCAUAGGCGGAUCAAGAGACGCGUCGUUGUCGUUGUGGAACAUUAACACGUACGCGAUGAUAGACUAUCUGCCUGCCAAGUUUGAAGGUCACGUGGAAAAUCUCGCUUGGAACAAAUUAAGCGGCGAGCUCGUCGUGCAUUGGUCGUACACGGUAGGGAACAAACGACACUCCGUCAUUCCGGUUCUCGCCAAUUUCGAAAGGACAGUCGAUGCGAUACCGUUGAAUAAAAACGACCGGCUUUCCUUCAUGAAGUUCAAUGCUACGCACAAACAGCUAGUGACGUAUGGCAACAACGUAUUUUCGAUGUGGAAUUUUUUCGGCGACGAGGAACCGCCUGGGGGACGAUGUCUUCCUUUUUACAACACUGCAGGGCAAAGGCAAGGAGUCAUUGUUCGUAAUUUGAUUCGAUGAUUACUCGAGCGCGCAGCCUCGUAGAGAAAUCAAUCUACCAAGGUGUAUUUAUUUCAAUGCCGAUUACAUAUGCCCCAUCACCAUCGAUAUCCUCUCUCUCUCUCUCUCUCUCUCUCUCUCUCUCUCUCUCUC